AUGCCGCCAAAGCGCGGUGAGAGGGGACGGAGCUCUCGAGGAGGAACGGCGCAAGCUCCUCCGCCCGUCGCGCGUCCUCCCGGGGCUUCACGCUUCGCCCCGUCCGCAUCUUACAUCGCUUCCCACUCGACGGCGCCACCACCGCCGCCCGUGCAGCCAGUCUCGUACUCGGGAUACCCAGUGGCAACUGCACAGCUCGGCGCGACCUACGCUAUUCCCGCUGGGCCGCCCGUUGUUCAUCAGCCUCCGCCUGCCCUCUUCCAUCGCCCAACUCCGCCUCCUCCUCCCGCAAGCUAUCCGAGCUAUGCUGGUACGCAAUCCGGCCCCGCGGCGUAUCCAGCACGAGGACCAGGACCGGCCUUCGUCCCUGCGCCGCCGGGUGCUCCUCCAGCGGCUGCUUGGCCUCCUCCACAACCCGCCGUGUACGAGCGACAAGCGUACAGUCGAACGCCCUCGGUCCCUCCCGUCGACUCCGGCCCCUCUCGACCAACUCCCCCUCCUUCACACGCUCCCUCCUACCUUACCUGCGCACCGUCUUCCGCCUACCCUCCUUCAUCACGACCUUCGACCUCGUCCGCCCAAUCUUCCCGCCCGCCUUCGGUUCCUCCUGCCGCCCCCGCUCCUUUCCAGCAUCUAUCCGCUCCGGCCAUGCCCUCGACCGUUCCCGCAUCCGCCGCUGCGUCAAGACCCGCUCCACCUCCUCCACCAGCGCCCGCGCCGCUCGCAGCUAACGCGACUCCCGCGACCGUCGCCCCUGCAAACAAUCCCCCAAAACCCUCGAUCGCGCCUGCCGCGCCUACACCUUCGCCCGACGUCGCCCAGUCCGUCGUCUCUUCGCAGCUUGUGGCGGACGCGCCGACAAUGACCGACCCCAUAUCGGCGAAAGCGACGGUGUCGUCUUCCGAUUCGGAUUCGUCUGACGACUCGUCCUCCAGCUCCAGCUCCAGCUCAAGCGAUUCGGACGAGUCGGACAGCGACGACGACGACGAGGUUGCGGGUGCGCUCGUCGGUGAGCGCCCAAGGAGUAGGCCGGUCGAAGAAGAGGAACAGGCGAAGGAGGCUGGCGUCGAAGAAGCGGCCGCAGAAGACGGCUCCGAUUCCGACUCGGACUCGACGAGUGACUCGGAGUCUGAAAAGGAGGAUGCGGCCGCGGAGGACGACAACGCCGUCUCGGAUCUCGAGGAGGCGGUCCAGGAGCAGGUGGACGAGGACGACGAUCACGGCCAGGAUGAGACGUUGCCGUUCGACCUUGGCUCGGCGGACGAGGCGGACGAGCACGAAGACGAGGACGAAGACGGCGAGGGCGUCGACGACUCGCUUGAGCAUGUCGCGGCGAAUGCGCGACGAAAGAGGCGACGGCUCGACUCGGUCGGUCACGCCUCGACGGUCGCAGGCGACGACGGGAUGAGCGACGUCUCGCGGGUCACUUCUCGAGCCGUCUCUGUCGACCCCUCGCACGUCCACGACCUCACCCUUUCUCCCACCCGACUCGCCUCUGUCCCGCCUCAAGUCUCGGAUCAAGCGCUCCCACCGUCGGCUAACUCGUUCGCCUCGACCUCUACCCCAGCUCGACCAGUACCUGCGCGAGACACGGCUGCUCCGCCUUCGCCUUCGGCUGACCUGAGCUUGCUGAUUCUGCCGCAAAAGCGGCCUUUCGCCGAGGAAGAUGAUGACGACAUUGAGGAGGGCGAAGUAGUCUCUGACGACGACGCUGCUUCCUCGACCGCUCCUGCCUACCCGCCGUUUCAUGCUUUCGCCGGCGCUGCGUCUCUCGCGAGCCGCGCUUCUUACGACCGUGCUGCCUCGGCGCCGUACGGUCAUGCCGCAGACGCCUCGAUGGACAUGGACAUGAGCUUCGCCGAUCUCCCUGCGGACCUGCUCGCGGACCCCUCUCGCCGCGCUGCAGGUGCCAUCUCGAUUCCCAUCUCCUCGCGAGCCUCGUCUGCUGCACCUUCGGCUGCUUCAGGUCCGGCAUCCGAGACGGGCAAGGCGUCCUAUGUCGGCAAGGCGAGCUACGAGCGGAAGAAGGCUGCACCUUCGCCUGUCGACUUGUCUGGCGGGACGCCCGUUCCCUUCAAGGGCGGCAUGCCUCAUCCUGCCGCCGGCAAGCUCUCGUACAAGCCUUCUCCACUCUCCAAACCCGCGGACCCGUCCACCGCCUCGACUUCGACCGCGCCCGUCAAGGCCGUCUACGUCCGCCGCAAGGAUGCCAGCACCUCGUCGACACCCGCGGCGUCCGCCGCUUCAGCCACUACGUCGUCGACAGCCGUCGCCGCUGCGGGACAAGUCAAGGCCGUCUACGAACGUCCCGCCGGUUCCGCCGUCACUGUCGCUCCUGCCCGCGCAGCGAAGAAUAAGAAGACCAAGGCGCGCGGCGUCAUGCCCUUUACCAAGGAGGAGAAGCGCGAGCGUCUCCCCGCCAAGAUCUUUUCCGCGUUCGGCGAGUUUGCGACCCUCGAGUCGGCGUCGGACAGCGCCAUCUUCGACGUCCCGCACCACACCGUCCUCCCCGCCAAGAAUCUCCCGCCGCCGAACGAGGCGGCACAGCAUGGCUUCUGGCCAGGCCCGCCGAACCGCAAGGAGGCGCUCAAGAAGGCGAUCUUUCCCGCUCCGCCCGAGCCGCUCGAGGACGUCGACGACGACCGCCCGCGCGUCGAGGUGUUCAUCGACAACUCGAACGUCCUCUACUCGUUCCUCAACUGGGUGCGAGCGCGGCCGGAAGCCAAGAUCACGAGCACGAAGGUCGGCGCGCAGAAGGGCAAGGACGGCAAGCCACAGCCGGCCAAGACGCUCAAGACAGUCACGAUCGCCGGCAAAAAGGUCAAGCUCGACUAUAAGAUGUUGUUUGCGCUGCUCGAGCGUGGGAGGCGGGUCGAGCGGAGGGUCCUCGUCGGAAGUUCGACGCUGUGGCAGAGUCUCGAGCCUGCCGUCGAGUGGGGCUACGAGAUCUCGCUUCUCCAGCGCGUCCCGCGAGCCGAGCCCUCGACCUCGGCCUCGCACACCGUCGCGGCCGCCGCGCAAGCCACGCAGCAGCAGCAGGGCGGCAAGAAGCGGAAGCAGGGCAACAAGAAGGCGCCUCCUCCUCCGCCGCCUCCCCAGCCCGAGGCUUCGCAGACCAAGCACUACAAGGAGCAGGCCGUCGACGAGCUUGUCCAUCUCAAGAUCCUCGAGUCGCUCCUCGACUUUGAGCCUCCGCCGAUGCCGCCUCCGUCACCUACGCCAGCUCCCGCCGUCUUCGCACCUGCGCCAGCUGCGCCCGAGCCCCUCGUCGCUCCUGUAGCAGAUGCAUCCGAGCCCACCGCUGCGCCUGAAGCGAUGGCCGUCGACCCGCCCCAGCUGCCCGUUACGACUCCGGUUGUCGAGGCGCCUCCGUCAGUCGCCGAAGUCACGUCCGCAGAUUCUACAUGCACCGAGUUUGGCGCAACCGUUUCCGCCGAGCGCGCGACCGGCGAGCCCCUCAACGAAACGGCCAAUGCGGUCGACUCAACGCCGCUCGUCCAGCCGGCGGGAUCCGCGGAUGAAGCGUCUGCGGAAGCGUCUGCGAGGCCUGGCGAGGCGGACAUCGCCGCCGCGCUGCAGCGCACGGCGGAUGCGCAGGAGGAUGGCGACACCUCGAUGUCAGAGACGCAGGUGUCCGACCGCGUUGCUCCCGACGACGAGUCAGCUUCAACGGCCUCGACCAGCGCAGCGCCAGCGCCGUCGCUCGGCUCGCCGUCUGUCCUCUUCGCCACCGCACCGCCACCUGCCCCACCACCGGCCCUGGCGCCGAACAUCUCUAUGUCCGCCGCGACUGUCCCCGCCAAACCUCGCUUCCUCCCUUCUUCCGCCUACCUCACCGGCUCAGCCCAGCCGGCCAACACGCCUGCCUCGACCGCCACGUCCUCGCAGCCCAAGUUCAUUCCCGCUCAGCCCAAGAUCACGCCCGCUCAACCAAAGAUCACGCCUGCUCCGCCCAAGAUUGUCCCCGCUACCGCCAAGAUCGUCCCCACCCAGCCGAAACCGCCUGCCGUCGUCCAGUUCGUCCCGCGUCGCCCGCCUCGUGAACGCCCCGUCCUCGUCAUCGUUACCGGCGACGCCAACUCGUCCGAGUAUAACCCUGGCGGCUUCCUCGGCUGCGUCCGCCGCGCUCUCGACCGCGGCUGGGACGUCGAGAUCGCCGCGUUCACGCACGGUAUCAGCUCGCACUGGACGGCCGAGCAGAUGAAGCGGACGACGAGUGACGGACGGAGGAGGGGCGAGUUGCGGGUCAUUGAUCUCGCGCUCUUUGCCGAGGAACUCGUGAUGGCUUGA